AUCUCCGAUUAGAAAAAUUUUUCGAUUACGAUAAAUUCUUCCUCGAUAUAAACCACUGAUUAGAUCCUAAUUCAUCGCUAGCUCAAAAGAUGGUGCUUUCGCAAAAGCUUCAUGAAGCAUUUAAAGGUACAGUUGAGAGGAUCACAGGGCCUCGUACGAUCUCGGCGUUUAAGGAGAAGGGAGUUCUCAGCGUCAGCGAGUUCGUACUCGCCGGAGAUAAUCUCGUCUCCAAGUGUCCCACCUGGUCCUGGGAAUCUGGUGACCCAAGCAAAAGGAAGCCAUACUUGCCCUCGGACAAACAGUUUUUGAUUACUAGAAAUGUACCUUGUCUACGGAGAGCUGCAUCUGUGGCAGAGGAUUAUGAAGCUGCUGGAGGUGAAGUGUUGGUUGAUGAUGAAGAUAAUGAUGGUUGGCUGGCGACACAUGGGAAACCGAAAGAUAAAGGCAACGAAGAUGAAAACUUGCCAUCCAUGGAUGCCUUGGACAUAAACGAGAAAAAUACUAUCCAAUCAAUACCUACGUAUUUUGGAGGUGAGGAGGAUGAUGAUAUUCCAGACAUGGAGGAGUUUGAUGAGGCUGACAAUGUGGUAGAAAAUGAUCCGGCAACUCUUCAGUCAACUUAUCUUGUGGCUCAUGAACCUGAUGACGAUAACAUUCUCCGAACUCGGACAUAUGAUCUAAGCAUAACGUAUGAUAAGUAUUACCAAACUCCUCGUGUUUGGCUGACCGGUUAUGAUGAGUCAAGGAUGCUGCUGCAACCUGAACUUGUAAUGGAGGAUGUUAGCCAAGACCAUGCUCGUAAAACGGUCACAAUCGAAGAUCAUCCACACUUGCCUGGUAAACAUGCUUCAGUUCAUCCAUGUCGGCAUGGAGCUGUUAUGAAGAAAAUCAUUGAUGUGUUAAUGUCACGUGGAGUAGAGCCUGAAGUUGACAAGUACCUCUUCCUGUUCUUGAAGUUCAUGGCAUCAGUUAUUCCAACAAUUGAGUAUGAUUACACAAUGGACUUUGAUCUCGGUAGCUCAAGCACCUAAUACCAGAUUUAAACAAGUAUGUGCUUGUGAAUCCGGGAAGCAAUCACUGGUCUCAUGGAUGGCUGGAUGGCUCUGCACUGUACAUAAAACAGAGUCCUCACUUUCAUUUCUCUCCAAAAGAAACUUUAAGGUGUUGUGGUUUAAUCACUCGUUUAUCUAAAGUUUACGCUGAUGAAUAGUAAUUUGUGACGAUACUAAAAGGGGUAUUUGAUC